AUGUCAGCAAUGGACUCUGUUCAAAGCCAGGAGUUCCUCGUCCGAGACCUGCCCACCCGCUCAGUUUCUCUGUUUCCAACACGGGCACAGGUGGUUCGGGAUAUCAAGGGUGUCAUCUUGAAGCCAGGAGCCAACCAACUUACAGUUGUAGGUUUCGCUCCGACGACGGAUGAGAACUCCAUCAAGGUUGAGGGCACCGGGUCUGCAGUCAUCUCGGACAUUGCCAUUGAGCUGCUGCCCAACCAGGAGGACUUUGACGACAUCUAUCCUAGAAGCGAUGAAGAGGAGUGCCCUCAGAGUAAUAAUGAGAUGAGCGAGGAUGAGAGCGUGGAGGUGAAACAGACGCGUGUGAAACUGGAAGAGGUCCGUAGUCGCAUGACAGCGCUGCGUGACACGGAGAAGGCUGCGAAGGAGACAGUGUCCAGCGCAGAGAACCGGCUGAGAAUUCUGGACGCGUACGGAAAGUUGCUUGACAAUGAGCGAAGCUUGGCAAUUAGUGAGGCCCUUGAGGCAUACCGGACGGAGCGCGCCAAGGCGUUUGGGGACCACAUGAAGGGCGAGCUCCAGUUACGGGAACUGGCCAAGACGAUCGCCAAGGUGCAAGACGAGGAGAAGAAGCUGGUGCAGCUACAAGUGAGAAGGAAGAUGAAAGAGAAGUGGCUCGAGAUGAAGGCGAGUAAGGCCGAGAAACGGGAGAAGAAGCGAGAGCUGGAGAAGAAAAAGGAGAAGGACCGGAUCAGUGAGGAGUUGAAGAGUCUGUGGCCUUCACGGUGCUACACGGUGCGCAUCACACUGGAUGCUGCGGGCUACACGCCGGCAUCGUCGCGACGGACGUCGAUUGCCAGUGUGACAGAGGUAUUGGGGGUGAAAGGAGCGGGCGAAGGUGGCGAAGAAUCUGCGGUGGACGACACGGCCGACCUGACAUGCGACUUGACCAUCUCGUAUGUGACCACGUCGGCGUUCUGGUCGCCAAAGUACGACCUGCAGCUAUCGACGACUACGGGAUCGGCGGUGCUGUGCUUUGACGCGGACCUGACCAACAAGACGUCAGAGACGUGGAGCAGCUGCAAGGUAGUGCUCUCGACGAGCCAGACGACCUUUCCCGGCCUCAACGAUGCCAUCCCGACUCUCGUGCCGUGGCACGUCAAGCUAAACAGGAUCGGCUUCUUGAUUUCAACUUCCGGCCUCGGUAGCAUCACUCAGAGUCGCGAGGAGCUCGCAUACAGCAAUGACAAAGCGACUUUGGCGGCAAAUGAGCAGCCGCGCAACAAGUCGAGUAGACAGCAGAAUCUCUUCGCGCCACAAAACCAGAUGUUGUUUCAACAGGCACAACAGCCGACGCUACACGCUAUGUCGGCUAGGUCAGCAUUUGGCCGAACCACCGGCACCCUUUUCGGCGCGGCCUGUCCACCGGCUGCUUCACCGCAGCCCGCAAACGUUACCGGGAUAAUGCGACACGGGAUGCAAGUCGGUACUACCAGCAACUACGACACUGACGAAGAAGACGACGACACGAUGGCGGGGGCACCGGAGCUGGAUUUCCAGGAUUCGGCGUUUGAGGAGAUGGGGCUGACGACGACAUACGAUCUGCCAGGACUGAAGACUCUGGCGUGCAGCACGAAGACGUCCCGACAACGGGUGGCACGCAUCAGCCUGACAGGAGGCACUGUGGUGUUCAGCCAUACGAUUGUGGCCAAGUACAAGCCAGCAGCCUAUCUGAAGGCGCGGAUCAAGAACGCGAGCAAGUUGACGCUGCUGCGAGGACUGGCUGGCCUGACGCUGGAUGGCGCAUUUCUGGGUCGCACGACGCUGCCUCGCUGCAGUCCAGGCGACUCGUUCUCGCUCAACCUGGGCGUUGAUCCGACGAUUCGCGUGGUGUACCCCAAGCCCGACAUCAAGCGGGCCAGCGGAGGUGGCGGUCUUCUCAUCAGCAAGGACAACAGCGGGACCUUCCGGCGGUCCACCACAGUAACCAACACAAACCCCAGGACGCGUGCUGGCAGCGGCAAGUCGGCCACGCUGCUUGUGCUCGACCAGGUGCCCGUCAGCGAGGAUGAAAGGCUGCGGGUCGAGAUCCAAGUCCCACAUGGGCUCGCCGUCGAUGGAUCAUCCGUGGCUGCCGGCGAGGGCGUAGCCUCGGCAACUAUAGAUUCUGGCAGUGGCAGCGUUUCAUCUUCUGAAAGUACGGCCGCGAUCAAGGAAUGGGGCCGGGCUUCAGCCACGCUGAAAAAGGCUGGCCAGGUCACGUGGGACAUGGAGCUCUAUGCCGGCCGGACGGCUAGGCUGGACCUGGAGUACGUAGUCACGGCGCCGGUGGGUGAGGGGGCCACACAGUGCUGA